CUUUCUUUCUAUGGUAGCACUUCUCCUCAGUUCUAUAAAUAAGAUGGUUCCCAGCAGGGCUCUAUGCUAAAAAUCAAAUGAUCGAAAUGAUUUCUCUUAGUUCUUCAAUGCUCCCACUUCUGUUUGUUCUUCUCUUUUCAUUCUCAUGGGUGACUUCAGCUCACACUCAUGUAGAUUUUAUUGAAUGUUUUUCCCUUUACUUAGAAGACUCCACAGACAUUUCCAAAGUCAUUUACACCCAGAAUGACUCUUCAUAUCCUUCUGUGUUGCAUUUCGCAAUACGAAACCUUAGGUUCAAUUCUACUACCCUAAAGCCUCUUGUCAUUGUUACACCGACGAAUGUAUCACACAUUCAGGCUGCCAUUCGUUGUUCCCAGAAAAAUAAUUUACAAUUUAGAAUUCGAAGUGGUGGCCAUGAUUUUGAGGGUCUCUCUUACAUGUCUGUUCUGCCGUUUGUCAUCCUUGAUCUAAUCAAUUUUCGAUCAGUCACCAUUGAUGUAACUAAUAAAACUGCAUGGGUUCAGGCUGGUGCAACUGUAGGGGAACUUUACUACCACAUUGCUAAAAAAGGUAGAACACUUGCCUUCCCAGCAGGUAUUUGCCCUACUAUGGGUGUUGGGGGACACUUGAGUGGUGGAGGGUAUGGAGCGCUGCUUCGUAAAUAUGGUCUUGCUGCGGAUAACGUAAUUGAUGCAGAAUUAAUUGAUGCUAAUGGUAGAGUUCUUGAUAGAAAAUCGAUGGGAGAAGAUUUGUUUUGGGCCCUUCGAGGAGGUGGAGGAAACAGCUUUGGAGUGGUUAUUGCGUGGAAAAUAAAAUUGGUUGAAGUUCCACCUACGUUGACAGUCUUCAAUGUCUUAAGAACCUUGGAGCAAAAUGCAACCCAACUUAUCCAUCGGUGGCAAUACAUUGCAAACAAGCUCCAUGAAGAUCUCAUGAUCACGACAUAUAUAAGAAGAGUUAAUUCCAGUCAAGGAAAUCCAACAAUACAGGCUACAUUUGCAGGUUUCUUUCUUGGAGGGGUGGACAAGCUUCUUCAAUUGAUGAAUGAGAGCUUCCCCGAGCUUGGUUUAGCAAAAGAUGAUUGCCUUGAAACAAGCUGGAUUGAGGCUAUCAUCCUUAACAGAUUUCCAGGUAAUACAUCUUUGGAACUGUUGCUUGAUAGGACUCCUCGAUUUGUAACAAAUUACAAAGCGAAAUCUGAUUACGUCAAGGAACCUAUGCCUGAAAUUGCGUUGGAAGGUAUAUUUGAAAGGUUCUUGGAAGAGGACAUUGAAACACCUAGACUGCUAUUAGUUCCUUAUGGAGGAAAGAUGGACCAGAUUUCUGAGUCUAGCUCUCCAUUUCCACAUAGAGCUGGAAAUAUAUACAAGAUUGAGCAUCAGGUGUCUUGGAGUGAAGAAGGCAAGGAGGCAUCUAAAAGGCACGUUGAUUGGAUUAGAAGGCUUUACAGUUACAUGACUCCUUACGUUUCGAAAAAUCCUCGAGAAGCAUAUAUCAAUUACAGGGAUCUUGACAUUGGAAUGAAUAACCUGGCAGGCAACACAAGUUUUAAACAAGCAAGCAUUUGGGGCAGGAAGUAUUUCAAGAACAACUUUGACAAGCUGGUAAGCGUGAAGACUGCUGUUGAUCCUGGUAAUUUCUUCAGAAAUGAGCAGAGUAUUCCACCUCUCUCGUCCUGGUGAUCGGAGGGGGAUAACACAUGACAAGGUUGGAAGAAGAUUCAUCACACUAAUAACAUAAUUUUCUGUUUUAGAUGUCCAUAAAGUUUACUUCAUCAACAUUUAUUGCAUGGCAUUUCAUGCAUGGUCCAAUAUUUUGAUCAUUGUAAUAAAAAUAAGUAUGGUCAAUGGAGAUAUGUGAUUUGAAUGAAUAAAAUUUCCUUCUAUGAUGAUCUAAA